GAGCAGCAGAAAGAGGGCUUGCUCUAGGGACUGCAGCUAGAAGUCCUGUGCUGGGCUGUAGCUACCAACAGGUCUAAGCUGCACAAAAUGCGUGAAAUCGUGCAUCUUCAGAUUGGCCAGUGUGGAAACCAAAUUGGAGCAAAGUUCUGGGAGGUGAUAAGUGAUGAACAUGGAAUUGAUAUCGCUGGAAACUACCGUGGGGAUGCAUCACUGCAGCUUGAGCGAAUUAAUGUGUACUUCAACGAGGCUUACUCCCAUAAAUACGUGCCCCGUUCUAUCUUGGUGGACCUGGAACCUGGUACAAUGGACAGUGUACGCUCCAGCAAAAUAGGCCCGCUAUUUCGACCUGACAAUUUUAUUCAUGGUAAUUCAGGUGCUGGAAACAACUGGGCUAAGGGCCAUUACACAGAGGGAGCUGAACUGAUUGAAAAUGUCAUGGAUGUGGUCAGGAACGAGUGUGAGAGCUGUGACUGCCUUCAGGGAUUCCAGCUCAUCCAUUCACUUGGAGGUGGUACAGGCUCGGGUAUGGGCACACUCCUCAUCAACAAAAUCAGAGAAGAAUAUCCGGACAGGAUUAUGAACACCUUCAGUGUUGUGCCUUCCCCCAAAGUAUCCGACACAGUCGUAGAGCCGUACAAUGCCAUCCUCUCCAUCCACCAGCUAAUAGAGAAUACAGAUGAAACCUUUUGCAUUGACAACGAAGCGCUGUACGAUAUAUGUUUCAGAACUUUAAAGCUCACCAAUCCCACCUAUGGUGACCUCAAUCACUUAGUGUCCCUAACGAUGAGCGGUGUCACAACCUCGCUCCGUUUUCCUGGCCAGCUGAACGCAGACCUGCGGAAGCUGGCUGUUAACAUGGUGCCCUUUCCUCGCCUGCAUUUCUUCAUGCCAGGCUUUGCUCCACUGACGGCUCGAGGUAGCCAACAGUACAGAGCCCUCUCGGUGCCAGAGCUUACUCAACAAAUGUUUGAUGCACGCAACAUGAUGGCAGCCUGUGACCCCCGUCGUGGGCGUUACUUGACUGUGGCUUGCAUCUUCAGAGGCCGAAUGUCUACCAGAGAAGUGGACGAACAGUUGCUGGCUGUCCAGACCAAGAACAGCUCCUACUUUGUGGAGUGGAUCCCUAACAAUGUCAAAGUGGCUGUGUGUGACAUACCGCCGCGAGGACUGAAGAUGGCAGCUACCUUUAUUGGCAAUAACACAGCCAUCCAGGAGCUCUUCAUCAGGGUUUCUGAACAGUUCUCAGCUAUGUUCAGAAGAAAAGCCUUUCUCCACUGGUAUACUGGUGAAGGCAUGGAUGAGAUGGAGUUUUCUGAAGCAGAGGGAAACACCAACGACCUUGUUUCUGAGUACCAACAGUACCAAGAUGCCACUGCAGAUGUUGAGGAAUAUGAAGAGGUAGAAGCGGAAGCUAGUCCAGAAAAGGAAACAUAAGAACAACGACA